AUGGUAGAUGCUGCGAAGCCGAGGAUCAUCAUAGUGGGUGCCGGUAUAUUCGGUCUCAGCACUGCAUACUACUUGGCCGAGGACGGAUACAAUGAUAUCACCAUAUUCGAUCAGCAUGCCUAUGAUUCCGACGAGGGAUACAAGUUGAAUCCUGGCUCGACCGCUGCUUCGGUUGACGAGAACAAGGUCUUCCGCGCGUCUUACGGCGAUGAAUUAUACUAUCAGCGGCUCGCGUACGAGGCGCGCGAGAUUUGGAAGGAGUGGAACAAAGAGCUCGGUGCCGGCAAAGAGCUCUUCGUAGAGUCAGGCAUGUUGCGAGUCCAGCAUUCGACCUAUCUGGACGACCUUGAGCUCCAGACGCUUGCCAACAUGACGAAGGAGGGCUUGAGAGAUACUCAAUACAUCGUCUCGGACGAGGAGGAUGUCCGCCGUGCAGAAAAGAAUGGUUGGGCUCACAAGCUUCUCAAGUUCCCCGUGCCAGGAACCGACGGCAAAGAGACGUUUGAGGCGGUCCUCGACACGACGGCCGGUUACGUCUUCCCAAGCAAGGCAUGUGCGUAUAUCGCAGGCAAGCUGCGUAAGAGCGGGACGCAAUUUGUUGAAGGUCCAGAAAAAGGCGUAUUUGCUUCCCUACUUGUCGAGGGAUCUGACGACUCAAAGCGGGCCAUCGGCAUCGUGACGAAGGAUGGUAAGGAACAUUCUGCAGACCUGGUCAUCAUGGCUUGUGGUUCUGCAACUCCCAUGCUCGUGCCCGAAGUCAGUCGUGUACUCGAGGCAACCGCGGGCAGUGUCAUCACAAUCCGUCUCCCACCGCGUGAGGAAGCUCCAGAGCUUUGGGACAAGUACUCCUCUGAAAUAACGCCUGUCAUCAUUGGCCAUGAUCCGGACCCGACGGGUAAGACUGUCGGCAGUCGCAGUAUCUACUCUUUCCCGCGUACAGAAGAUGGGCUCGUCAAGAUAGGGUACCGCGUCACAAAGUAUACCAACUUCGUCAAGCUUCCAGGAUUCGAGGAGCCUCUUUCAGUGCCUUUGCGUCCCGAAGUCGAUGAUACCUCUUUACCUAUCACAUCAAUUGAGGGUAUCAAGACCUACGUGUCGACUUUCCAUCCCGACCUCGCUGCUCUACCCAUUGCCAGGACGCGCUUGUGCUUCUAUACCGACUCUGUCGACAACUCCUUCUUGAUCGACUACCUCCCCGGCUAUAGCGACACAUUGUUCGUAUGCACGGGCGGAAGCGGUCAUGGCGCAAAAUUUACGCCUAUCCUCGGAAAGCACGUCCGCGAUGUGAUCCAGAAAAAGCCCAAGACGGAGCUCACUCAUCACUGGCGCUGGCGUCCAGAGCUACCGCUUGGAAAUGGAUUGGAAGAGGGACCUGCCGGCCCGAGGACCCUUGACAAGCAGAAAAGGGCUACGCCAGAGGACCUGAAACGUGCAGGCUGGUAA